AUGUUGAACUCGAGAUUUAUACUAAGAAGGUCAUUCACUACAACUUCAAUACUAAAACAAUCAUCAUGUAAAGCAGGUACCCCAUUAAAUUUAAAGAUUUUUAAAAAAGGUGAUGAACCAGUGGCAUUAGAAGAUUCAGAAUAUCCAGAAUGGCUUUGGGGAAUGAUUGAUCCAAAGAACAAUUUAGAAAAUAUAAAGAAUGAAAAUUUUUUGAGGUGGAGAAGAAUUAAAUUACAAAAGGAAAAUAAUAAGAUUAUAAGGAAUAAUAAUUUCUUAUCGAAAAUGUAA